CGCGCGCACAGGCGCAAGGGGACGGCGGGCAGCCGCCUCGGGGCGGGACGGGGCGCAUCAGGCACGCGCGAGGGCAGCCCCGGCGCCUGUCCCAGAAGCCCCCGCGCCGCCGGGGUCCUCGCAGCCCUCCUGGCCUUCCGCCGCACGUGUCUGCAGCGCGAUGCCCAAGUCCAAGCGGGACCAGAAAGUGUCCCUCACCAAGACUGCCAAGAAAGGCCUGGAACUGAAACAGAACCUGAUAGAAGAGCUUCGGAAAUGUGUGGACACCUACAAGCACCUUUUCAUCUUCUCCGUGGCCAACAUGAGGAACAGCAAGCUGAAAGACAUUCGCAAUGCCUGGAAGCACAGCCGAAUGUUCUUUGGCAAAAACAAAGUGAUGAUGGUGGCAUUGGGCCGAAGCCCAGCUGACGAGUACAAAGACAACCUGCACCAGGUCAGCAAGAAAUUGAGAGGGGAAGUUGGUCUCCUUUUCACCAAUCGCACCAAGGAGGAAGUGAAUGAGUGGUUCACAAAAUUCUCCGAAAUGGACUAUGCCCGGGCCGGGAACAAAGCCACUUUCACCGUGAGCCUGGACCCAGGGCCACUGGAGCAGUUCCCGCACUCUAUGGAGCCACAGCUCAGGCAACUGGGCCUGCCCACUGCCCUCAAGAGAGGUGUGGUGACCCUGCUGUCUGACUACGAGGUGUGCAAGGAGGGCGACGUGCUGACCCCCGAGCAGGCCCGAGUCCUGAAGCUCUUCGGGUAUGAGAUGGCGGAAUUCAAGGUGACGGUCCAGUACAUGUGGGAUGCAGAAUCGGGGCGGUUCCAGCAGAUGGGAGAGGAGGAGGAGCUGCCAGAGAGCGCGCCCGAGUCUGCAGAUGAGUCAGAGGACAACGAGGAUGACAGCUGAUGCGUGCCGGAGCUUCUGAGCUCCUGUGGACGGGACUGUGCAGGGGUGCCACUGCCUGGCUGUGUCUGAGGCACGGAGGGAUGUUAGGGACAGACUUUCUCUCAUGACCAGGAUUCUCCCUGCAGGCAGCACAAGGGACUUUUUUCAGAAAAGAAAUAGCCUUUCUUUUGUGUCAUCUCGGGGACCUCCAUACACAAACCUCCCACUUAGUGCUCCAGCCCCUUGGGCAGUGCCAGGCCCAGCCACCAUGACACAGGGAUGCCUGGGCACACCCUCUGCUUGGGCUUAGCCUCCGAGCCACGUCCCCAGCCCAACCCAGAGUGGACUGCAGCACUGUGCAGUAGGUUAGGGGAACAACUCAAGUGUCCAUCAGUGACUGGGAAAAGAUAUGACAAGUAAUAGCCAAAUUUCUAAAGUGAUCACAAAAUGACCCAAAGCAAGAAAACCUGGGGCAGUAGUACAGUGAGUGGAGUGCUCGUCUUGAUGUGUUUAUCCCAGACUUGAUCCCUGACACCUCAUAGGAUGCCUUGCGCCUGCCAGGACUAAGCCCUGAGUACAGCCAGAUAUGGUCCCAAACCCAACAAUAAGCCUAAGAGGUAAUUGCUGGGUUACAUGGUAACUUGAUUUUUUUGUGUGGGCCUUAUGUCUGGCUCUGUGUGCAGAUGGAUCACUGUUGGUAGUGCUCUGGGAACCAUAUGCAGUUCUAGGGAUCAAACCAGGGUUGGCUGCAUGCAAGCCAGUUGUCUUUUAAUCUCAAGUUCUCUCUCUGGCCUUUUUGAUCUUUUGGGGAACUGACAGCUUAUUUUCCAGAGCAGUUGCAUCAUUUUACAUUUCUACCACUUAAAUGUAUGAGCUUUCCAA